CAGACCCUGCUAAUACCUCGGAAACACAGCCAAGUUCUGGAUACCGGCAUGUCCGACGACACUGAUCCCUAGAGAUGUCUUCCUGAAGCUUCCCUUCUAGAGGUGCCAGGAACAACCCCCAGAGACUCAACACGGCACAGGUCGGAAGGGAACAACGCCUUUGGCAUGAGGUUGUAAAAGUGGCCUUUGCUAACCUGACAUGUGGGGACUCAAGAACCCCACUUCCUAUGGGCUCCAGUCUGUGCUGCUGGCCCCAGCUCUGGGGCUCUGAGAGGUUCCUGCUGCUACACCACAGCAGCCCACUGCCAUUCAUGUGUGUCUGUUGCUGAAGGCCUCGGUGGCCCCUGCCCAUGAGGAUGUGUGCCCCCGUCAGGGGGCUGUUCUUGGCCCUGGUGGCCGUGUGGAGGACUGCGGUGGCAUUUGCCCCUGUGCCUCGGAUCACCUGGGAGCACGGAGAGGUAGGUCUGGUGAAGUUUCACGAGCCAGGCAUCUUUAACUACUCUUCCUUGCUGAUGAGUGAAGACAAAGACACUCUGUAUGUGGGUGCCCGGGAAGCUGUCUUUGCAGUGAAUGCGCUGGACAUCUCUUAGAAGCAACACGAGGUAUACUGGAAGGUCUCCGAAGACAAAAAAUCCAAGUGUGCAGAGAAGGGGAAGUCAAAGCAGACGGAGUGCCUUAACUACAUUCGAGUGCUGCAGCCGCUUAGCAGCACCUCCCUCUACGUGUGUGGGACCAAUGCGUUCCAGCCCACCUGUGACCACCUGAACUUGACCUCCUUCAAGUUUCUGGGGAAAAGCGAAGAUGGCAAAGGAAGAUGCCCCUUCGACCCCGCCCAUAGCUACACAUCCGUCAUGGUCGGGGGAGAGCUCUACUCUGGGACGUCAUAUAAUUUCUUGGGCAGCGAACCCAUCAUCUCUCGAAACUCUUCCCACAGUCCCCUGAGGACAGAGUACGCCAUCCCUUGGCUAAACGAGCCUAGCUUCGUCUUCGCUGACGUGAUCCACAAGAGCCCAGAUGGUACGGAGGCUGAGGAUGACAAGGUCUACUUCUUCUUUACGGAGGUGUCCGUGGAGUACGAGUUCGUCUUCAAGUUGAUGAUCCCUCGAGUUGCCAGGGUGUGCAAGGGCGACCAGGGCGGCCUGCGGACUUUGCAAAAAAAGUGGACCUCCUUCCUAAAGGCCAGACUGAUCUGCUCCAAGCCAGACAGUGGCCUGGUCUUCAACAUUCUUCAAGAUGUGUUUGUGCUCAGGGCCCCGGGCCUCAAGGAACCUGUGUUCUAUGCGGUCUUCACCCCACAGCUGAACAACGUGGGUCUGUCUGCGGUCUGUGCCUACACGCUGUCCACGGUGGAGGCCGUCUUCUCCCGAGGAAAGUACAUGCAGAGUGCCACAGUGGAGCAGUCUCACACCAAGUGGGUACGCUACAAUGGCCCAGUGCCCACUCCCCGGCCUGGAGCGUGUAUCGACAGUGAGGCCCGGGCAGCCAACUACACCAGCUCCUUGAAUCUCCCAGACAAAACGCUGCAGUUUGUCAAAGACCACCCUUUGAUGGACGCGGUGACGCCGAUAGACAACAGGCCGAAACUGAAAAAAGAUGUCAACUACACCCAGAUAGUGGUAGACAGGACCCAGGCCCUGGAUGGGACCUUCUACGACGUCAUGUUCCUCAGCACAGACCGGGGCGCUCUGCAUAAAGCUGUCAUCCUUGCAAAAGAGGUACACGUGGUUGAGGAGACCCAACUCUUCCAGGACUUCGAACCGGUCCUGUCUCUGCUGCUAUCAUCAAAGAAGGGGAGGAAGUUUGUCUACGCUGGCUCCAACUCAGGAGUGGUCCAAGCUCCCCUGGCCUUCUGCGGAAAGCAUAGUAGCUGUGAAGACUGUGUGCUAGCACGGGACCCCUACUGUGCCUGGAGCCCAGCCAUCAAGGCCUGUGUUACCUUGCACCAGGCAGAGGGCUCUAGCAGGGGCUGGAUUCAGGACAUGAGUGGCGACACGUCCUCGUGCCUGGAUAAGAGUAAAGAGAGUUUCCAUCAGCAUUUUUUCAAGCACGGCGGCACAGCAGAACUCAAGUGUUUCCAAAAGUCCAACCUGGCCCGGGUGGUGUGGAAGUUCCAGAACGGCGAGUUGAAGGCUGUGAGUCCCAAGUAUGGCUUUGUGGGCAGGAAGCACCUGCUCAUCUUUAACCUGUCAGACGGAGACAGCGGUGUGUACCAAUGCCUGUCAGAGGAAAGGGUCAGGAAUAAAACGGUCUCCCAGCUACUCGCCAAGCACAUCCUGGAAGUGAAAAUGGUAGCUCGGAUCCCCCCGUCACCUACCUCACAGACUGCUCAGACAGAAGCCUCAUCUCCUAAGUCCUUCCCUCCUCCUGGCUCCUCUCUGUCCUGUCUGGGCCCUGACUCAUCUUCUCCCAGAAGCCCUGGGCCGGCCUUGGCCUCGGGGCCCAACAGCCGUAAGCAGGUCGCCUUGCUGCCACCCUUCUUGAGUGACCAGGCACAGCGGGUGCAGGCGCUGGGGACCUUCUACCUCUUCUGCCAGGCCACAGGUCCAGCAGACAUCCGCUUCAUCUGGGAGAAGAACAGGCGUGUCCUGGAGACGUGUGUACCUAUGCAGACCCAUGCGCUGCCCGAUGGCAGGGCCCAUGCCCUCAGCUGGCUUCGGGACACCAUCCAAGAAACCACGGAAUACAGCUGCUCUGUCCUCUCCUCAGCAGGGAACCAGACCUCAAAGGUUCACGUCACUGUGAUGAGACAUGAGGCACUACAGCAGGAAAAGUGGAACCAGGAGCUUGCUGCAUGGCGCGUGGUGGCUGGGGAGCAUGACCGGCUGAUGCAGGGCUGGAGGAAGGCAUGGGAAAGCUGCAGCAAGGAUACCUUCUAGCGCCUGAGGCAGCGCUCGGUGGAUCCCACGUGACCUCGCUGGCAGCAGCUGCAGAUGUACGUGGUGAAGGCACAGCACCCACAGCGCCAAGCUUCUGUGUCUUGGCUGGCUCUACACAGCGUUUGCCACAGCCUGAGUGUCCCUUCUAGAGGCUGGGAAUCGCAAGGCUUGAACUGCACAGGCCUGAGACAGAGAGCAAGACCUCCUAACACGUAGCAGAAAGCUAAGCCUGCCUGGCAGACAGGGAGCUGAGCUGUUUAGGAGGCUCCCCACCCGAGCAGAUGACCGAGCAGUCCGUGAAGGCUAACCCGAUGGCAGCCACCCUGCAUUCUUCCCAGGACUUCAUGCACUCCUGCUCCUCCCCCAGGGUCAGCACAGCUAACCUCGCUCCGGUUCUGCUGAUGUGGCCACCCAGGAACAGGUUGAUCUACUGGGAUAGGAGAGCUGAGACUCCACAUGAGGAUAUUUUGCCUUAAACCUUGAGUGAUGAUGAAGUUGCUCUUUGCUUAUCUCAGAACCCAAGGCUAUUUUCCAAAGCACAGUGCUUCCCACCUGUUCACCCUGUCAGCGCUCCGCUUCUGAGGUAGAAAAGCCAAACAGGUCAAUUAUGCAAAUCUCCUGGUGCCGUAUUAAACUGUUUUCCAGUGCUGAGUUA